AUGUCAAUACAGCUAAGAGACGGUUUAGUCAAUCAGCUGUUGGAUCGAGUCCUUGAAGACCUUUUAGUCAGAUUCGUUGUCAAUGUUCCCGAGGAAGACUUGUCUUCUAUAGAAAGAGUGUUCUUUCAGGUGGAAGAGGCACACUGGUUUUACUUGGACUAUGUGCGUCAAUUGGACCCUAGCCUACCUUCUAUGAAGAUGAAAACUUUUGCUUCAAAGCUUUUGGAAAAGUGCCCUCUAAUAUGGAAGUGGGGUGAUCCUUCCGACGCAUUAGCAAGGUUUGGAAAAUACAAAAGUACCAUCCCAGUAAGGGGAGUUGCAUUAUUCAAUAAAGACUUGACAAAAGUGUUGUUGGUGAAAGGGACAGAGUCAAACGCAUGGUCAUUCCCUAGAGGGAAAAUUUCCAAAGAUGAAAGUGAUGUAGAUUGUGCAGUGAGAGAGGUGGAGGAAGAAAUUGGAUUCAAUUGCCGUGAUUUGAUAGACAAGAAUGACUAUGUUGAAAGAACAAUCAGAGGUAAAAAUUACAGGAUUUUCCUCGUAAAGAACGUGUUAGAGGAUACUCAUUUCGAGCCAGUGUCCAAGUAUGAAAUCUCACAAAUAAAGUGGUUUGAUAUCAAAUCGGUUCAGAAAAAGGUGAAAACCAAUCCCAAUAAUUUUUUCAUCGUUGCAACUAUAAUCAAACCUGUCAUGAAAUGGAUAAGUAAAAACAAAGGGGUAUUGAGUGAAGAGGAGCUUAUGCAAGAAGCAGAAUUGAAAUUGAAGAAAUUGAUGGGAUUGAACAAACGUGAAGAAAAUGUGGAUGCAGGAAGAGAGUUGCUUAACAUCUUACAGGGAGCGAAACCAACUUCAAAACCAGUGGACUCCCAAAAUGAGUCAGUGAAUGACCAAACAACGCAGGCCGGUAUACCAUCUAUGGUUAAUGUGCAAUUCCCACCACACCUUCAAAAUCAAAUUCCAUUUUUCAUUGGUGGCCAUCCUAACGCACCAUUUUUUGUACCACCCAUGGCUAAUGCAAUCGGCCAAGCUCCUCAUUUUUCUAUGCCAGGAUUUUUCCAUCCUCAACAUCAUCAGCAUCAUCAACAACAAAUGGCACCCAACCCUGAAAGCUUGAAUAAACCCACAACAAAUUCGAAAGAAUUGUUAUCCAUUUUAACUGCAAAAAACGAAGCUAAAAAGGAUGAGGUUGCUGCAACUCGGAAGAAGCAUGCAGAUUCUGGAAAUAUCAGAUCAAGAGCUCAACAACUAUUGAGUGUAUUUCCCAAAAGAAAAGAGUUUGCUGGAACUAAGGAUGAUAGCCCGGCUACUAGUAAGGAUCUUUCUAGAAGCGUAAGCUCUACAAGCGAUCGAUCAAACUCAAGCCAAGAAAAGCUCAAGACAAAAUCGGAUAAAUCGAAUUUAAACAAGCCAGUGCCACUGGAAAAAGAAACUCCCAAGUCACCGCAUCUACAACCUUCGAAUGAAAUUGAAGAAUCCAUUCGCUCAUCGCAUCAUCGCCAACCGGUGGUUGGUCAAAAGAUUAAGUUACUCAAACGUUCAGAUAAUAAAAAUUCAAAAGAUCUUCUAAACCUUUUGGGACCUAGAAAGGAGACCAGUGAGCUGGAAACCAGUCCUAUGAAUGACCUCAUACAGUAUGAUGGUGCCAUCAAGCAUGACCAAAUAGAGACACCCAUUGUUGACAAUAGAAAUGGCAUAAAUGGAUCAACACAACUCAAAGAACAGCCAACAACUGACCGUGCUGCUUCGCAACAGUUACUAAGUUUCUUGCACCGAGAAACUCCUAGUAAAAGCAAUGAUGACUACAAAGAGAAGAAAUCUAACGGGAUUGCCAAUGUAUUGAAUAAGGAAACCCGCGAUAAUGACAUCACACCUAGGGUGGUAUCUCCAACUAGAGAUUUUCUUAGUCUACUCAAAAAGCCAAACAAUGCUGACUCUACUAAUAGAUCGAGUGUUGAUCCAUCUCCAUUACCAAACAAGCCACCACCACCACCACCACCACCACCACAACAACAACAACAACAACAGCAACAACAACAACAAAAACAACAACAACAGCACAAACCACAGUCAUCAACGUCAGCUAACAAGUUGCUCAGCUUGCUUGGAAAGAAACCAUCAGAUAGUGGUAAAGGCGGUGUUAAUCAAGAUAUUUGGAGUAGUCAAGACAAAAGUCCAAGUAUUACAUCGCCUAAUGCAUUGGCUAGUAUUCAAAAAUUUGAUCGAGAAGUCGGCAGCAACCAAGCCACAUUGUCAAACACAAUUGCAUCUCCAGUUUCGGAAAAUUGGGGAUUUUCUCAACAUGAGCAGUACCAACAACUGCCACAGCUACAACAGCCCGAUUUGUCAGCUACAAAUACGUUGAGAAAUAUUUUAAGAAAGAACAGUGCUCAGCCAUCGCCUAGUUUAGGUGGCGUUUAUGAAUCUGAGAACCUCAAUAAUUCACAAAUUGGAUCAAGCCAGCCAUAUCCACAACACCAGCCGCAAGACAAUUUUGACAAUUUUGAAGAUUUUGAAGAUUUCGAAGAUUUUGGUGACUUCAAUGCAUUCAAUGACACGUAUAUAUUCGAUGAUAACUCACAUCCUAAAACAUUCAACAACUUUGAUAUUGAUAGUGACGAAGAAUAUGCAGAGGGCCUCGUUGAGCAUCCAACUCGUGUGCAGAUUGCAUCACGUCACCAAGCGCCAAAGAAGCAGCAACCACAACCACAACAGCAACAGCCUCACUACCAAGCUAGUGAAUUUGCACAACCACAAGGACAUUUGGACAAUAAUAAUGGCAGUACCUCGGGUAUUUCCACCCUUCCCGAACCCAAUUUUGUUCAAUCUACGUCAACGCGAGCAACCAUAGGUCUACAUGAUCAAUCAAAUAAUGCAGGUAAAGGAUUAUUGGCAUUAUUGAACCGUGGUAAAUCAUCGUAA